GCCAAUUCUUCAACGGGUUCUUUAGAGCCUCCUUCAAACUGCAGCUGAGCUGAGAACGAUGAAUCCUGGUUACCCCACUGAAGCUUACCCUGCUGAGGCUGUUGCACUGCAGGCCAGCGGUAAUGAUGGGUUCCAUGGACAGCCUGGAGGUCCUAGAGUAGUUCAGCACACCACUGUGAACAUCCUGUCAGAGCCCCAGAAAGAUCAUCUUGUUUGGUCGCUGUGCUCCUUUGUCUACGCAAACGUAUGCUGCCUUGGAUUGGCGGCUCUCGUUUUUUCUGUCAAGGCCAGAGACCAGAAGAUGGUUGGAGAUCUGGCUGGUGCCCGAAGUUACGCAUCUACUGCUCGCAGCCUCAACAUCGUGGCCAUGGUCCUGAUAUCUUUAAUAAUCUUGGGUUACAUUAUUUCAAUAAUUGUUGUAUCUGUGAAAGCAAGCCAUUAUACACGCUACGGGCCCUAUUAACUGUGAUUUUCUGUCCAACACCAUGGCCAAGUUGUUCUGGUUUUGCUCUGCUGCCAAAGUAAAACAGAAACAGUUUUAUUAGUUGAGAGGUCUGAGGCAUUAAAAAUAACUUAAUUUGUGUAAUGCUUGCUUAUACUAUAUACUAUCUGCAAAUUGAUUAACAAAAAGCUUGUUUUAUGAUUUAAAAAAACCAAUAAACAUUGUGAUCUUCAAAACACAACAAUAUUUUUCUGUGGAGAGUAUUGACUGGUUUAGUAUAUUUGCCAUCUACUAAUCAUCUAUAGAUUUCAUUUUGUUUAACACGUUUAAUACUUAAAAUGUACAAUUUUCAAACAACAAUUUUUGUACUAAGUGCAGUUUAGUUCAACUGAAAAAAGUGCAACUUAAAAUACUUUUUUUAAACUUUUUUGUUUGAAAGUGGACCAGUUGCAAUUAAAGUACAAAUUAGAACAUGCCUAGUGUGGAAUCAUCUUUUAAUCAUUUGUAAAAUAAUGUUUCACUGAACUAUAUAUGUGAUUGCAACCAAAGUGAACUAUGUAACCUUUGUAACUGAACUUAUGGAGAAGGGAAUAAGUUUCUCCUUGAAACGGAAUAUCCUACUCUGUUCUCAGUGCAGCUGCAGGUCUACAUGCUCCUUUCUCAUAAACAACCCCUUGUCAGGAAAAAAAAAAGGGAGUUGUGGGGAAGCAUCUGCAGGUCUCCUGCAGCUGACGCAUGGCGUUUAAGCAUAAAAGUAGAGCUUUGAUUGUAAAGCCCUCAGGUUGCACUGGGCUGGGGCUGUAUUGCUGUAAGUGUUGCUCUUCAAAGAUGUCUAUGUAUUUAGUUUCAAAUAUUAAAUGCUUGGUUAGUUU